UAAUAUAUAAGCAACAAAAAAAAUCUUUACACAGAAAAUACUUGAAAUUAGUCACAAUGCAUGGAAGAGUAAAGGUACGCACAACUGCAGAACAAGAAGCAAUAAAAAAGAAGGAAAGAGCAAAGAAACUUGUUCAAUAUAAAACUAGCAUGAGUUUAAUAUUUCAAAAAAGAAAAGAUCAAAUUUAUGAUGACGAAUUAAUGAUGGUUACUGAAAAAUUACUAAUAGGGAAUCCUGAUAUUUAUACAUUAUGGAAUAUUCGUAGAGAAGCAUUUAUAAAAAAUGAUUGGAGUGAAGAACGCUUAAACGAAUCUCAUCAACAUGAAUUAGUUCUUACUGAGAAUUGUCUGAAGUAUAGUCCUAAAUCAUAUUAUGCAUGGUACCAAAGAAUAUGGAUUAUGGAACGUAUGAUAAAACCAGAUUGGAAAAGAGAAUUGAUGUUAUGCAGUAGGUAUUUAGACAUCGAUGACAGAAACUUUCAUUGCUGGAAUCAUAGACAAUAUGUUGUACAGAAAGCAGGGAUUUCUCUUGAAGAUGAAUUCAAAUAUUCCACCUCAAAAAUUCUAAAUAAUUUUUCUAAUUAUUCUUCUUGGCAUUAUAGAAGUCGACUCUUGUCAAAUAUGUUUAAUGACUGUGAUUCAGAAACCAUUGAUCAAAGAAAAAAAGACGAGUUGGAGUUAGUGAUGAAUGCUACAUUCACAGAUCCAAAUGAUACUAGUGCAUGGUUUUAUCAAAGAUGGUUAUUGGAUUCUCAAGACUUUUUCUCUACCCUUUCUCAAGUUUUAUUGCAAGAUGAUAAAAUAAUUCUUUUCAUUGAUCAAUCUAUAUCAUCAGAAUCUAUAGUAUUAUAUAUUAACAAUGAAAUUGAACCAGUUCAAUGGAAGUUUUGGCAGGAAACAAAGUUUUCUAAAUUGUGGUUUGGAAAAUUAAAAAAGCAAUUGAAUGAAGUAAAGGAGAUCCAAGUUGCCAUUGAAGGAAAAGUUUAUCUUGUAUCUUAUUUUAAUCAAAAAUGGAUUUAUAAGAAAAGGAAAUCCAGAUCUAGUCAUAAUCAGGAUCAAUUAUUGGAUCAAUUGUCAAAUUAUAAACAACUUAUAGAAUUAGAACCCGAUAAUAAAUGGGCUCUUCUAACUGCAGUACAGUUAAUGAGAAAAAUCGAUUUUGUAAAAUUUUAUGGUGAUAUUUUAACAAAUCUGAAUACUCUGCUUAAUGUUGAUCCUCUUCGAUUUAAUUAUUAUAAAGAUUUACGGAGUAAAUAUGUUAUAGAAUAUACAUUAUUCUGCUGGAAUUCAUUAAUUACAUUUUCAACAAUGAAAUAUAUUUUAAUACUGUCUUUGCAAUUACUUUGCAUCAGUUUUAGCAGUACUAGAGAAAUCACACAUGAAGAUAUUAAAGAUGCAAUGUUAAGUUUAGUACAUAUGAUGCGAGAAAAUACUGAAAAACUAGAAAGACACGAAGCAAGAGAACGUCAAUUAGGGGAACAAUUAAAAAAGACAAUUGCUGUUUUAACAAAACGUGUAUCAACAGUUGAUGCCCUCAAAUUACAGAUGACAAAACUUGAUGAAAAAGUAACAGGAAUCGAACAAUUAAUUUCACAGAGAGACGAACGUGAAAGAAUACAAAUGCAAAAAACUGUUGAUACUUUAGAAGAUUUGGAAAGUCGCCUAGAAGGUUGGCUUACAGAUAUUGAAAAUAAAGUGUCAGAAGUUAAUGCACGACCAGAUGUUACACCUUCACCCAUUGACAAUGUGUCUGUCAUUGUCUCAAAACUUAAUAAUACAGAAUCAUUAUUAAUGGAAGGAAUUUCAAAAACUGAAUCAAUGUUAAAAUCUGAAACAAUGAAAUUGAAAGAAAUUUCGAAUGAUCAAACAGGAACGAUACAAGCAUUAUUAACCGAGAUCCAGGAUGUUAAUUCAAGGCUUAGCAAUCUUGAGAUUUCAUUGGAAAAAGUUAGAGAACAUUCUCAAACAAUGAAAAAAAAGUUACAAGAAUCACAGUUCGAAACUAUUUCUAGUAUCGAUCAAUAUGCAAGAGCUUUACCUCCUAUGCAAAAACUUUUAGAAAAUGUGUCUGAACAAAUUAGAGAAUUGCCAAGGAAUAAUGACAUACAGGCUCUUCACAAUGAAUCACAAACGCUUUUACAAGAUGCUAAACAUUCUUUGAAAGAUGUUGUUGUUGAAAGAAUUAACAAUGUAGAAAAGAAAUUAAUACAGACUAAAAAUGAAACAAAAGAAAUAAUAAGAUCUCUUAGAAUGGACUCUGCAAAUAAUGCUGAUCGUGUAAAUCAAGAACUACAAAAUCUUGAAAAGGGACAAUCUGUAAUGGUUUCAAUGGCUGAUCAUGUAUUGGAUACUAAAAAGAGAGUUGAGUAUGGAGUACAUCAAAUUCUUUUAGAAGUAGGAGAUUUAGUAAAAGCGCAAGGUAUAAAUAUUAAUAAUACUCUAAACCAAAGAUUUGAUGGUAUAUCAAAUGAUAUUAUGGAUAAUCAGAAUGGCGCUUUAGCAAAUUUAACCACUAAAAUGGAACAAGAAAUGAAUCAGGUAUGGCGGCAAAUAAAUGUUAUGUAUCAACAAAUGACAGAAAGUACAAAAGUAUUAGAAAAAUUACAUGAACAAAAUGUAGAAUAUGUUAAUGGUACAACUAAUACUAUGGAUGGAAUGGAAACUAAGGUGGGCGAGAUAACAAAACGUAUGGCGGAAGUCGAUACAAAUUUGAAUUAUCUCUUAGGACGACUUUCACUCGUAACACAAGAAUUUAAUCAAAUAAAAACGGGAUUAGGCAAUGCAUUAGAUAAUAUUAAAGCCUCGUUUAAAGAAGUACAAGAUAAAGCGAAUGAUUUAACGAAUCCAGGACCACAUCCCAUACCUGAAAAUUAUAAAGAAUUUAGUGAAUCUGACAAUAAUAAACCAGAUGGUAAGCCUUCGCCAGAAAUUAUCAAUCAUAUUUUUAAUACUCAAAUCAACUAAUUUAUAUUUUUGUAUAUUACGUUCAAGAGCAGAACUUUAAAUUAUAACUUGAGUUUAUUAUAGUUAUUAUAAUUAAUCAACUAUCAAAUAUAAUUCAUGUAUUACUCAAUUAAAAUUAAUAUUGCACAUUCGUUAUUAAUUAACAGUUUUUGUAUCUAUAUUUUUGUAUCUCUGAUAAUAUAUAGUUUUAUGAAAAGAUC